CUAGUGGGAGGGACAGUAUAUAACGUGUCGGCACCUACGUUGACCAUACAACCAGUCUUCGGCAACGGACGAAGACGUACAACAAUGAAGUUCACGGUUGUUUUAGUGGCAUCCUUGGCGGUGGUCGCCUUUGCCAAGGAGGAGGCACCGAAGGCUGUCGAAGAGAAGAAACAAGAGAAGAGAGGUAUCCACGACUUCGGCUCUUACGGAGGUCACGGAGGGUUCGGCGGCGGAGAUGAGGGACAUAGUUUUGGCGGACAUGAAGGUAUAAGCCUUGGAGGACAUGAAGGAGGUCACGGCUUCGGAGGCGAAGGUUUCAGCUUCGGUGGACACGGAGGCGGUGACUUGGGAGGCUACGGCGGUGGUGGUGGCGACUGGAAGCCCAUUGCCAGCGAAGACCAUGGCCAUCAUCACCAUCACCACGAGCACGUCAAGACUAUUGAAGUUGUAAAGAAGGUCCCAGUGCCGUAUACCGUAGAGAAACAUGUACCUUACACCGUUGAGAAGAAAGUGCCUUAUGAAGUGAAAGUGCCGUACCCGCAGCCCUACACCGUCGAAAAGAAAGUCCCCGUGACAGUGAAGGAGUACAUCAAGUACCCUGUCUACGUUCCUGAGCCUUACACAGUUGAGAAGAAGGUGCCUUAUGAAGUCAAAAUCCCCGUUGAUAAGCCAUACGAAGUCAAGGUAAAAGUACCUACUCCUUACACGGUAGAGAAGAAAGUGCCUUAUGAAGUCAAAGUGCCAGUUCCCCAGCCCUACACUGUUGAGAAGAAGGUCCCAGUUCCAGUCAAAUACGAAGUUAAGGUGCCCCAACCCUACGAAGUUGUUAAGAAGGUGCCUUAUGAAGUCAAAGUGCCGGUCGACAAACCCUACAACGUAUACGUGCCUAAACCUUACCCAGUCACCGUCGAGAAACCUUACCCAGUAACCGUUCACAAACCCGUUCCUUAUGAAGUCAAGGUCCCAGUCGACAAGCCCUACAAGGUUGAGGUUGAGAAACCUUACCCAGUUCCAGUUAAGGUCCCCGUUCCCAAGCCUUACGAGGUCAUCAGGAAGGUACCUUACACCGUUGAAAAGAAAGUACCUUAUGAAGUCAAAGUACCUAUUGACAAGCCUUACCCCGUGUACAAAGAAGUCCAGGUACCUCUUGUGAAGGAGGUCCCUUACCCUGUCAAGGUCCACGUCCCAUACUACAUUAAGAAAGAGGAAGAACAUCACCAUGAGCACUAUGACCAUGGCCACCAUGAAGACCACCACCACGGUUGGCAUUGAAUCCAAUCGAAAGCAAAACACGUCCGUACCUUAUAGGCUUAGUUCAAAAAUGUGAUCAUUUAGUAUUUUAGUGUAUUUGGUAAAAUUUUCGUUCGGUAGAUUGUUUGUAAGGUUGUGAUCAUGUUUCGCUGUUAGCAUACCGUUGGGAAGUGUGUUCGCUGGGUUGCCAGCAAGUCCUUAUGUAUUAGAUGUUACCUGUUAAUACUUGUUAGCUUUUACCUGCUUUGUUAUUGUGUGUUUAUCGGGGUUCACUCCGUGUUGAGGCUGAUGUAAUAAAUUGUGUGAAAUGUU